AUGGCUCAUUCUCAAGCAGAAAAUGUCAUAAAGAACAUCAUCCGUGAAAUAGGACAAGAAUGUGCCAUGAAGGGACAAACUGUAUCAGAAACUCUGGUGGCAUUCAUGGUGAAAGCUGUUGUACUGGAUCCAAAGAAUGGAUUUAAUGUGGAUAGAACCCUUACAAAGGCUGAUGUACAAAAACUUAUUACGCUUAGUAUUGAUAGACUUCUUGACACUCGAAAUCCAUCCCUGGACACUAUUAAGAUGCAAGUUUAUUUUGAUAUGAACUAUACAAACCGAGUUGAGCUGAUUAAUGAACAGCAUCGUGUUCUGGAGUCCAGGCUUGCUCCUGUGAGCAGAGAAAUUACAGAUAACCGUGCUCGUACACGAGAAGAAUUGGAAAGCGUUUAUCGAAAGAUUGUCAGUUAUGUGCUGCUGCGCUCUGGCCUUGGAUCCCCUACAGACAUCAAGGUCAUCAGAGAGGCAACUGCUGCCCUGCAGAGUGUGUUUCCUCAGACAGAGCUUGCUGCUUUCCUCUCUCUCAGUAAAAAGGAGAAAGAGCGGCAGUUGAAAGAACUCACCAUGAUUGUUACAGGUAUUCGGUUAUUCAACAAGGACUGUGGUAAAGGAGGAGAAGGCAUUGAUGAGUUGCCAGCUAUUCUCAGUGAAGCUAUCCCAGCUGCCACCCAUCAUAUAGAUAUAGAGCUACAUGCCUCCCAGGAACUGGCAUACCAAUACACAGCCUUGAUUGAAAUGAUGCACCAUAGUCAAAACGCUGAGUUGGAACUUAAAUUGACAAUGUUAAAAGAAGUACUGUACAAUGUGAGACAACACGAAGCUUUCCUCUGUGUUAUUCUGUCUGAUGUGAUCACGUGUGCACAAGAAGUUGAUAUGAUGGACAAGCAAUUUGCUGCACAGAUGGAAGAGCUAAAAAACAUUGUUCGGGCAAAAACAGCUGUGCCUACAUCUCUGGUUUAUCCUAUAUUUAUUGAACUUUCUAACCUUUGGACUAGUUUUCAAGAUGAGAUACUUGUGCUCAGUUUCCUCAAUAAUUUGACUAUCAGUCUCCAGCAGUUCUUGGGAAGCCACACGCUAAUCUUUCCAGAAGAUAUAAUGGAGUCUCUCCUUGAAGAUAUUAUUGUGAAAACUGAUGAGGAUAGGUUAAAGGAAAGUGCUGACAGCAAAGUUAAUCCUGCUGACUUUAGUAAAGAAGAAUGGCUCUUUCCAGAAUUCACAAUUAAUUUUAGCCAACUACUAAUUCAGUAUCAUGGGUUUUGUCCUUAUAGUUUUGCUGUAAAAGAUGGUCUUCUCCUUCCAGGAAAUCCUUCUCUUGGUGUCCUGAAACACAAGGAGAAAUAUUACGCUUUUAAUUCAGUGGAAGCGGCAUACACUUUUGCCAAAAAUCCAGAUAAAUAUAUUAAGAUGAUUGGAGAUAAAGCAAAGGAAACUGCAGAGCUUAUUCAGCUGCUUGAACUUCAUCAGCAAUUUGAAUCCCUUGCCCCUUAUUCCCAGAUCAGAGCCAAAGACAAAAAGGUGUUGCAACCAAUAACAAAAUGUGACAGCAGCACUCAGACUGACACCCAUAUUUUGCCGCCAAACAUUGUGAAGGAUUAUGAGUGGAAUGAAUGGGAACUCAGAAGGAAAGCCAUCAAACUGGCAAACUUGCGUAAAAAGCUAACUCACUCAGUGCAGACUAACCUGAGUCACAUGAGAAGAGACAACUGCAGCCAAGUGUACCCAAUGAAGGAUUCUGGCACACAGACCAAAUGUGAAAACUCUAGUAAUGUACCCAGACCGCAGAUUUUCCUGGCCGGUCUUCGAGGUGGAACCCCUCCAACCACUCGUAUGACUAAAGUGAAUUUAACAAGAGCAGUUGAUGAAACAUAAAGAAGAGACUUA